AUGGAACUGGUCUCAACAUCAAUUGGCAAGUUUACAGUUGAUCUUUUCAACACGCUGAAUGAGAAAAACAAAGGCAAAAACAUUUUCUUUUCCCCUUGGAGCAUAUCAUCUGCUCUGGCUCUGCUGUGCCUGGGUGCAAAAGGCAAUACAGCAACAGAGAUAGCAGAGGUUCUUCAUUUCACUCAAGCAGCAGGAGCUGGACCCUCUUCUUCUGUGGCCAGACCUUCUCGGGGGAGACCAAAAAGAAGAAAAAUGGAUCCUGAGCAUGAGCAAGCUGAAGAUCUCCAUUCUGGCUUCAAAGAGCUCCUGACUGCCAUCAACAAACCUAAGAACUCCUACUCGCUGAGAAGUGCCAACCGCAUUUACGUGGAAAACACCUUCACUUUAUUGCCAAGAUACCUGCAGCUCAGUAAGAACUACUACAAAGCAGAGCCUCAGAAGGUUAACUUUAAGGCAGCACCGGAACAAUGCAGAAAGGAAAUCAACACUUGGGUUGAAAAACAAACUGAGGGCAAAAUCAAGAAUUUGCUGAAUCCAGGCGAUGUGGUAAACUACACCGUCCUGGUCCUGGUAAACGCCAUUUACUUCAAGGCAGAAUGGAAAGAGAAAUUUUUGGCAGAAUAUACGGAACUGCAACCCUUCCAACUGAGCAAGAACAAGACCAAGCCUGUGAAGAUGAUGUACAUGAGACAUACAUUUCCAGUUCUUAUUGUGGAAACAAUGAAUUUCAAAGUGAUUGAGUUGCCGUAUGUGAAACACGAACUCAGCAUGCUCAUCUUCCUUCCCGAUGACAUCAAAGACAGCACCACAGGUCUCGAACAGCUGGAAAGAGAACUGACGUAUGAGAAGCUGUCUGAAUGGACUGAUUCCAAGAAGAUGACCAAAACUCUUGUGGAUCUGCACCUACCUAAGUUCACAGUGAAGGAGAAAUAUGAUCUCACUCGUGAUCUGAACAGCAUGGGAAUGCACAGGGUCUUCAGCAGCAAUGCUGAUUUCAGUGGAAUAGCUGAGAAUGGUGGUAUAACGGUCUCCAAAAUAAUUCACAAGUCUUUUGUUGCAGUUGAUGAGAAAGGCACUGAGGCAGCUGCUGCUACUGCAAAUACAACAAUAACAAGUCCAGGACCUGGUGACCAUGCUUUGAAAUUUAAGGUUGACCACCCCUUCCACUUCUUUAUCAGACACAAUAUAUCCAAGACCAUCCUCUUUUUUGGCAGAUGCUGCUGUCCCCUAGAAUGA